GACCGAGACAUGCCUUGUGCCUUUUCCCUGGCUCGGCAGUCGGUGGUUUUCCAACGUUAAGCUUAUCUGAGCUGCCAACGUUGGGAAGGGUCCAAGUGGCGCAACGGCGCAACAGCGCAGCUGCCAGCAGGAGUCUGUCGUCUCCUUGGCCUUGGCCUACCUCUGCCGUUACUCCGACGGUACAUGCGACAUCACCACGCAGUAGCAGUGAAGUCGCUCCGUUCGCAGUCGAAGCCGAGACACUGCGCAGCGUUCAACUUUCGGCGAGCCCAAGACAUCAUCGUGUCCAAAACCCCGGAGCGUGCUGUACUACGAUGGACAUUGCGGUGCUCGCAAUUUUCGUGAGGAGCACGACAUGUCCUUGCGCAAGCCAUUUCCGCGAGUGAUAGGUCCUGCACGAAGGAUCAAAUGCAGCCUUCUCCCCGCCGUAUAUCCGAUUGCACUUAUCUCGGACUUGCCAACUACUACAACGUCACCUCCUGGUAUACUUUCCUGUGGUCGAAUGCUACUCUACUGCCCAGCUCUUGAAUACGAGCGGGCUGUAUAGUCCAGAACGUAUGCGCAAUUGCUGGACAACAUUAGCCGUGGCGUUCAACAAAGUGCCACUCAGCGCGAGUACCUACCACGCCGUAACCCAAGAGAAACGCCUCCAAGAAUAAGAUUUGAGGAUAAGCUUGAGAGUGCACGGAUACGGAAAGAUCUGCUUAGCAAGUGCUCGACGUCCCUGGUGACUGGACGCUCCGUUAAACUUUCUGCAAACAAAGUUCUGGCAGCUCGACGCCUUUUCCCUUGGCAUGCUUGACACCUUACGAAGCAGGAAGGAGUUGCUCUUUGCCAAGAGCAUAUGAGGUAGCGAACGUCAGCACUCCUCCGAUGUGUCUCGGUGCUGUGCCUCGGCCGUUGGUCCACUCCCACCACGCGAAAUGGUCAGUCUCUGUGCCGAUCUAAACUAUCCUCGAAUUCGGCCUCUUCCCGCUUGGGAACUGUGGAGGCGCUGCUCGCACUCCCAUGCCUUACAAUGAUGUCUGUGCGAUGCCAAGAUUGGGGUAUUGACGAUCUUUGUGCUGGCAAGCGAAUGAAGGGUUACAGACCGGCGAUGGCAUUACCAGAGGCAGACACCAGAUCGUCUUGUGGGUCGGUCGCGCAUGAGGCGCUCACGAAUGCUACCAUUUGCCAAUUGAGAUCACCAGGCAAGUAUAUAGUGCUUGCGAGUCCCUUGCCACAUCUGCGAUCAGUUUCUCAUCAGUCCGCUAUUCAUCUUCAAUAUGCGUUCUUUCAUUGCUGCCCUGCUGGCCGUGCCAGCCGCAAUCGCUGCGCCUGUCCUCCUCAACACCAGACAAGAAGAUUCCAUUGCCGGAUCAUGGAUCGUUCGCGUCAACCAGAAUAGCGUCCUGUCCGACGUGAUCUCGCAGGUCUCAUCCGCGCUCGGUGGAGCUGAGGCUAAGCACACCUAUGAGUUCGGCAACUUCAAGGGUUUCUCCAUCGAUGGAGUUGACAACCUUCUUGGUUUGGUGGCCAAUAUCGCCUCGAUCGAGUCCAUUGAGCCAAACACUCGCGUCACAACCUCGGCGCUCGUCACACAGUCGAAUGUCCCAUCGUACGGUCUGGCCCGUAUCUCGCACCGUGAAAACGGCGCCACUGACUACGUCUACGACGACUCCGCUGGAGAGGGUACUUUCUCGUAUAUCAUCGAUACAGGUAUCAGGACAACACACCAGGAUUUCGGUGGCCGUGCCGUCUUCGGUGCCAGCUUCGUUGAUGGCGAGCAAGAGGGUGAUGGAAAUGGACACGGUACUCACGUCGCUGGCACAACUGGCUCAACCACCUACGGUGUCGCCAAGAAGACUACUCUCAUCGCCGUGAAGGUUCUCGGAGCUGAGGGAUCUGGAUCCAACGCCGGUGUCCUCGCAGGUAUCGACUGGGCCGUCAAUGACGCCAAGUCCAAGGGCCGCAUCGGCAAGGCCGUCGGCAACUUGUCUCUGGGUGGUCCUCUCAGCCCAGCCACCAACGCCGCUGUCGCUGAGGCCGUCGCCGAGGGUCUCUUCCUCGCUGUCGCCGCUGGUAACUCUGGUCUCCCAACCAUCACUGCCUCUCCAGCUUCUGCUCCAGAGGUCUGCACCGUCGGUGCUUCCGAUGACCAGGAUCGCCGCGCUUCGUACUCCAACUUCGGUCUCCUUGUUGACGUUUUCGCCCCUGGCUCAAACAUCACCUCCACCUGGAUCGAUAGCGACUCUGACACCAACACCAUCUCCGGUACUUCCAUGGCUAGCCCUCACGUUGCUGGUCUUGGUGCCUACCUUUUGGCACUCGAGGGUCCACAAGAUCCUCAGGCACUCUGCAGCCGCAUCCAGGAGUUGAGCACCAAGAACGCUCUUAACCUUGGUCUGCAACUCUUCUCUGGAAACAGACUUGCCUACAACGGCAAUGGUGCUUAGAUAGUGCCAGAAAUGCAUGGAAUGACACGGGCUCUUGAAGGGUCGCUGUAUGAUCAUGAUGAUGAACAUGUAACUAUGCCGAACGGGCUAAGAUGGACUACUGCAGUCAUCUUGUAAAGAAUGAAUAAAAUGAACUUCACACCAAUC